AUGGCUCUCCUGAAGACGCUGCUCCUGGCCGCCCUCCUCCUGGGGGCUUCCCUGCGGCACAGCCGCGCAGCCCGAGCGACCAACGUGGGCCGGGAAUGCUGCCUGGAGUACUUCAAGGGAGCUAUCCCUGUCAGGAAGCUGGCGGAUUGGUACAGGACCUCAGUGGAGUGUCCCAGGGAGGCCAUCGUGCUGGUGACCGUCCAGGGCAGGUCCAUCUGUUCUGACCCCGGCGACGCGAGGGUGAGGAAGGCAGUUAGACACCUGCAAAAGCUCAUGAAGUCACACAGCUCCAUCCUCCAGGAGUCCUGA